AUGACUAAAGAUUUCAAUAUAAAGUUUCAUAAUCAAGGAUUAAAGUUAUCAAAAGGUGAUGAAGAAUAUGAAGUUAGGACCAAAGAUGGAAAAGAAGUAAAAGUGGAAUUUAAAGAUGAUGCUAAGAAAGGCAUAAAGUUAAACAAAAAGGAAUUAGAAAGCGGAAAAGAAUUGAAAGAAGAAAUAAAACCAGAAAGUUUAGUUAAGGAAGAGGAUUUUGAUUCCUUUAUUCAAAAUAAUCACGAUAAAUUGGUCCUAGUAAAAUUUUCAACGGUCUGGUGUUCUCCCUGCCAAGUGCUACAAAAAAAUAUUAAGGAGUUAUUGACAGAGUUAGAAAAAUCAACCGAGCGAGGGAAAAAAUUGGUAGUAAUGGAAGUGGACGCAGAAAAAUUUCCGCGGCUAGCCCAAAGGCCCCAGUUUCGGGGGCCCGUUGGUGAAGCGAUUAACACAUAUGCCUUUCACGCAUACAUGACGGGUUUGACUCCCUUCAACGGUAGAACAUCGGCCUUCAGAUCCGAAUAUGUGGGUUCAAUUCCUGCCGCCUCUGCCAAAAUUGCCCAAAUCGCGCAAUUGGUAGACGCAGCGGGCUUAAGAUCCGCCAAGUGCCGGUUCGAAUCCGGCUUUGGGUACCAUGGCAAUAGGUUCUGUAGUGUACUGGUUAACACGCCUCCCUGUCACGGAGGAGACAGCGAUGAUACUCAAGCGGAGACAGAUGGCAAUCACAUUAUAAUCAAAGGAGAAGUCGAGGCCAAAAGUAAGUUAGAAGUAAGUGUUGUUGAUGAAAAAGGCAGCCAAAUAAGACGCUUCGUCGACGUCAAACCAGGAGAACAGAAGUAUGAGGAAGCCACCAAAGAAAUGCAUAAAAAAUUAUUGGAAGAAAAAUUUCCUGAUAAAAUUAGAGGUAAUAACAAACACGAGGCCGAAGGAGUGGAUAUGAAAUAUACCAUUUUGGGGAACGGACAAGGUGGCUAUAAAGUAAAAAUAUAUCACGGUGAUACUGGUGAUGAUUGGGAAUUUCCCUGGGAAAAAGCAGUAAAAUAUUAUAUUAUGCCAGGAAGAAGUAUAAACAUUUAUUUGCAGGAAGAAACCUAUAAUCAAUUACGACAAGUAGCAGGAGGAAGAAAAAUUAGUCGUUUCAUUAACGAAGCUGUAGUGGAAAAAUUAAACAAAGAAUUGGAGAAAGAUAGAGAGAAUUUUCAGCAACGACUAAUUCGUGGUUACCAAGCCAUGGCGAGAAAUAAAAAACUGAAGGCCGAUUUGGCUGUAUGGAAGGAAACCUUAAGCGAUAGUUAUAAUAAGAAUGAGCCAAUCAAGCAAGAAAAUUCCUAA